AAAAAAAAAAAAAAAAAAAAAAAAAAAAAAAAAAAAACUCUUUUUUCUUCUUUUUUAUUUUAUAUAUAUUCAUAUACGCUUAUAUAUUAUACAUGGUAUGGACGAGAAUCUGUUUAUUAGAGUUUUAGGAAGUGUUUAUAAACAAGCAGCUAAAGAAUGUGUACCAGUAAAUGAUAAAUCUACAUUUAUCAUUAGUUCAUUGUUAUGCAUUGGGCUCGUCAUUUCAUAUUUACCUCAACAUCUUCGAAUCAUUUUAAAUAAAACAAGUGAAGGCUUUAGUUCUUGGUUUUUGUUGUUAGGUGUUGUGUCUUCAUCUUCAAGUUUUUUAAAUAUUAUUUUAUUGCAAUGGGAUGCUAUUGUUUGUUGUAAAUCACUUUCUACAGGUACUUGCAUUGAAGGUUUAAUGGGAAUUGUUCAAAUUGGUCUUCAAUGGGCCAUGUUUAGUUUAGUCUUUUUACUAUUUUUAUUAUAUUUCCCAGAAAGUAAAAAAAGAGAACUUCACGCUCCUGCUUUGCUGCAUUUGGACUUGCCAAAUAAACUUCAAUCUAGAAUUUCACAAGAAUGGAAAGUAAGUUUAAUUAUUGCUGCCAUCUGUAUUGGUCAUCUUGCCCUUUCCUUUUUUAUCUCUGUCUUGUUAUUGGCUAUCGUAGGUGGUCCUGAGCAUUGGCAGACAGAUUAUUGGGCUGGCUUUUUAGGUAUCUUGAGUAUGAUCCUUGCCUCUCUACAAUACCUGCCACAAAUCUGGAAAACCUGGAAAAGCAAGAGGAUUGGAGCUUUAAGUAUACCGAUGAUGAUGCUACAAACUCCUGGAACUGCACUAUUUGUUUAUUCUUUAAUUGUACGUCCAGGAACAAAUUGGACAGCAUGGCUUACGUAUUUAGUUACAGGUAUCCUACAAGGCACACUUUUAAUCAUGUGUAUCACAUGGCAUUUUAGAAAUAAGAAACUGGGUAUCAAUGAUCUUGAUACUACAGAAGAAGAGUCUAACGAAAAUACCCCUCUUUUACAUUAAAAAAAAAAUGUGUAUAACCGUCACAUCCUACUCAUCUUCUUAUUUAGCAAAAAUAAAAACUUUUAUUUUAUUCAUA